AUGGACAUUAACCCCGCUCGCGUCUUGGUGUCAGAUGAGCUGGCGGAUUUAGCCAACAGACUCAACCAGCUCUCCAUCCAGAGGCCGGGGCACAUGCACCAUGAUUAUGCACACUUCAUUCGCCUUCCUGAUACUAGCAACGAGCUAAGGAUUCUCGACUAUGCUGGCCACGGAGGGAAAUCCAACCGAACGAGAAACGCUGCUCCGCGGCCGGAUCCCAGCACCCAGUCUCAGUCCCAGAAGAGCAACACAAAUGGCCAGAACCAACCUCAGCGGGGCGGCGAUCAGAAUCCCGGCGGCGGUAAUGACGGCAAUGACGGCAAUGGUGAGGAUUCCGACGGAGAGGACAAACGGCGACGCGGUCCUGGCACCCAAGUAGGCGAGCACUCGCUGCACUCCCGUCCGCAGCUGAAGAGCUUCCUGGACAGAGUACUGCAACCGGCAGACCCAGAAAUUUCCCGCGAUAUCCGUUGGCUGAGAAUCGACUCAGCGAACGAUCUCACGGUCCUGUGCCAUCUGGUCUCCCUCAAAAGGCUGCAAUAUCCCUUCAGGGCGGUUCUCGGCCGUGCCGUCCGCAACCAGGAAGAGGGCAUGCGGCGCAAGCAGGUGAUGCUGCGCUAUUACAACAACAACAACACCACGGCGGGAAAGCCGGCGGAAAAGCCGGUCGAAUAUGCAGACUCAUUUAUCGCAUUGCUAAGCGACGUCGAAGCCCGGGAGGGCAACCUGGCCAGGUUCCUCGACAAACACAAGCAGUCGAGGCGGCCCCCCAGUAAAGUGGGAGCCCAAGCGGCCGCUGACUUCCAGAAAGACAUCCAGAAAAGGUUCGACAGCCUCUGCUCGAUGGAGAACGACGAAUUCUUUUGGUGGGCCGAACGAGCCAUCAUGAGAGUCCUGAGCCAGUUUGACAUUCAUACUGGCAACCGCCAGGAGCACCAGGAUCCUCGCUUGACGCCCGGCACCGAGAACCGCCUCAUCGGUAUCGUCGAGUCCAUAUACACACAGGCCUGGGCGCAGUGUUCCACGCUCCACGCCGGGUCCCAACCCCCGCUCGAGGAAGUCUUCAAGCAUGUGCGGUCCUUCAUCCGCCAGUCCCUCACCGAAGACGACAGGACGAAACAGUCCACCGAUUUGGCCGUCGUGGUGCAGUGUUUCGUCGGCAAGGUCGCAUUGGACGUCGCGACAUGCAUCUUCCACGCUUUAAAGACCCUAAAGACAGGGGGGGCAACGGUUACCGAGUCCGCCUCCCCAAAGAACCUCAAGAUCCCCCAUAUCCUCCGGCACUCGCGCGCCGGCGGCCAGCUGAAAGACACCUACAAAAUCUGGCACGUCUCCCAGCUCAGCAGCGACCCCACCUUCCAGUCUGCUUCCCUCAUCGAGGCAGACCCAGGCCCGCUGGUCGCCUACCAGGAUUUGGAGGACUUGGGGAAGGAGAAGGAAGAAAAGGCCUCCCAGCGGCUGGCCAUAAUCGACCUCGACGCCCUCACCCGUGCCUGCGCCGCCGUGCACAAAACCCUCCAACACACCGACCUACCCCUGGCCCUCUUCUUCAGUGCUGCGUUUCCUGAGCUCGGCAAACCGCGGCUGCUCGUGUUCAAGGGCCCGUGGCUGACUGAAGUUAUCAGUAUCCCACCGCAGGAGAUGAAGCAUAUGGGCUGGGAGGGGCUGAGGCCGUUGGGAGAUGGCGGGGCUCGGCAGGGCUACUACGCGCGCUUUUCUGCUCACCGGUUGGAGGGCGGCAUUCCGAUUUUUAUGAGUAUGGAGGAGGAUGUACUGGGGGCGUUUACACCUGCCGGCAAGUUUCUCUCGUGGGAAGAGGUUGUGAAGGAUGGAGGGGAUGUUGAUGAGUGA